AAUGGAUGUUGAUCAUGAAGAAGUGGUUACCCUUAUUGAAACACUGAAUUGUGAUGCAGAGUACAGGCUUGUUGACAAUCUUAGUGAAAGCAGCCCUCUGCAUGGAAAUACAUUACAUUUGAAUGAGAAUGAUGUCAAUAUGGAGGAGUCCUUUGAAAGUAUACCAGAGGUGAACUAUGACAGCAAUGGUAAAUUCAGAAUAUUCCCUACAGGAAGUCAAAAAGGCAAAGAAUUACUUGCAUCUAAUGGUCACUCAUUUGUUGUCAAAAGAAAAGACAAGACUUCCAUAAUUUGGAGAUGUGGAGUUAGAAGCAAGAAAAUGAAAUGUCCUGCCAGUGUCAUUCAAAGAAAUAAUAACUUCUCUUUGGGGUCUAAAUAUCAUAUUCACGCCCCCAAAAAAAAUUUGGAACAAAUUAUUGAAAUGAAAGUGACAGCAAAACAAAAAGGAAAGACUGACACCAAUGUUAGUGGAAAACGAAUAGCUGAAAAUGUUCUGCAAAUAUGGGAAAUAUUGUAA